AUUAUCACCAUCAUGACUAUCUCUACCGACUAUACCCUACCAAUCGACUCUUGGGUCGUGGUCACGGGAGCCAACGGCUACAUCGCCUCCCAGGUGAUCAACGCUUUUCUCGCCAAAGGCUAUAGAGUGCGAGGCACUGUACGCUCGGAGAAGCCAUGGCUUGUCAAGGGCUUUGAAUCCAAGUACGGCCCCGGCAGGUUCGAGACCGCGAUCGUUCCCCGACUGGAAGAUGAAGGAGCUCUGGAUGUCGCGGUGCAAGAUGCAGGUGGUAUUGUCCACGUGGCUUCCGACAUGUCUUAUCGCCCCAACCCAAACGAUGUGAUCCCCGGGGUAGUCGCAGCGACAAUGAACGUCUUGACCGCCGCGCAAAAGGCGCCAUCCAUCAAACGAGUGAUUCUUACCUCUUCCGUGAAUGCAGCAUGUCUUGCGAUGGAUGAUGCAUUUGGAUUGCCAAGCAAGACUGUGGACCAGAGCACUUGGAACGAUGCUGCAGUAGCGGCUGCCUGGGACUCUGACACUCCAGACCAUAUGAAGCCCAGCACUGUGUACACUGCCGCCAAGGUCACCGCUGAGCGCAACGCGUGGAACUGGAUAGAGGAGCACAAGCCGCAUUUCACCUUGAACACGGUUCUUCCAAAUAUAAAUUUCGGCACAAUCCUAUUCCCUGAGCAUCAAGGCACGUCGAUGCGCCUCACUCGUACUUUGCUCAAUGGAAGUGAUUUUGCAAUGAAGAUGAUCCCACCACAUUGGUAUGUUGAUGUGGAGGACACGGCGCGUCUCCAUGUCAUUGCAUUGCUCGACCCUGCCGUGCAAUCCGAGCGCAUCUUCGCGGCCGCAGCCCCGUACAACUGGGCCGAGGUGUUGACGAUUCUACGAGAGCUACGGCCUGAGAAUAACCAAGUCCCCAAAGCCUACGAUAUAGUGAAGGAGAAGUUUGACCUUGUGCCCUCCAGGCGCGCUGAGGAAUUACUGCAAAGCUUCUAUGGCAAGCCUGGGUGGACUUCACUGAGGGAAUCUUUGGUUAACGGUAUUGAGGGAUACUGA